ACAUUCUUUGAAUUGCUUCUUUAGCUUAACUUGUCUCUCUAUUUAUAUGGAGUACAUAUACAUAUUUCUUCUAUAAUACGUACCCUCCUUUGACACAUCCUCUUUUUUUUUCAUGUAUAAAUACUAGCCAAAUCCAUAACAUAGCUAGCUAGUCAUAUUAAUCCUUAAUAAAUAAUAAUGGCUCCAACUAGUCCUUUAUGUUGCAUCUCCAACACUGUUUGUGUUAUGGGUUCUUCUACUCAGUUCGUCUCAAGCUUGAUUAUUCGACUACUUGAAAAGGGCUUCACCGUCCAUGCUGCUAUUCAAAAUCAUAGUGAGUUGAUAUCAAUAUGUGACAAGAAAAGAUUGAAGGUUUUUUGUUUGGAUCUUUUUGAUUACCAUACCAUAAUUGAUGCUUUGAAAGGGUGUUGUUGUCUUUUUUACUCCUUUGAGCCCCCAAAGGACCACUCAGCUACUUAUGAUGAAUAUAUGACAGAAAUAGAGGUAAGGGCAGCACACAAUGUAUUGGAAGCAUGUGCACAAAUAGACACAAUAGAAAAAGUUAUAUUCACUUCCUCAGCAACUGCAAUUAUUUGGGGAUUUGAUGAUAAAAAAUCUUUAUCUAUUGAUGAAAAACAUUGGAGUGACAUCAAUUUUUGUCGUAAAUACAAGUUAUGGUAUGCUUUAUCAAAAACACUAGCAGAGAGAACAGCAUGGGGUUUAGCUAUGGAUAGAGGCAUAAACAUGGUGUCAAUAAACUCAGGAUUAUUAAUGGAUGAUGAUUUAAACAUAAAAAAUCCUUAUCUAAAAGGAGCUAAAGAGAUGUAUGAAAAUGGAGUUCUUGUGAGUGUUGAUGUUGAUUUCUUGGUGUAUGCACAUAUUUGUGUCUAUGAGGAUGUGUCAAGCUGUGGAAGAUAUUUGUGUUUUAAUCACAUCAUUAAUACAAUUAAUGAUGCUAUUAAUCUUGCCAACAACUUCAACUUAUCCCCUUUGCCUUCUUCUCCUCCAAGUUUUGAGAAGGAUACAAAGAUAAUCCAACAAAGGAUAAGCAACAAGAAAUUGAACAAAAUCAUGAUCAAGAAGAUUGACGAUAUCUAAAAUUGAAGCUCAUAUUUAUCAAAGAUAUCAUAAAUAUUGUUGAAUUCACGAGAAUUAAUUAGAACAAUUGUAUGUUAGUUGAGAAAAAAAUGGUAAAUCACUAUAUGAAAAUUCCAAUAGUUUGUGGAAAAUCAAGAAGUCUUCUUAGUAGUUGUAACUCUAUUUAGUCAUAUUUUGUUUUUAAUAAUAAUAAACAUUUA